ACCGCCCCUCCUGCCUUCCCUGCCGGGUCCCGCUGCUUCCCGGAGGCGCUGGAGGUGCAGACUGUGGCCCAUGGGGCCCUCGGUGCUGCCCACCUGGCUGCAGCCCAGGUAUAGAAAGAAUGUGUAUCUUUUCAUCUAUUAUCUAGUCCAGUUCUGUGGCCACUCAUGGAUACUGACAAAUAUGACAGCCAGAUUCUUCUCCUUUGGAAAAGAUUCAAUGGUUGACACAUUUUAUGCUAUCGGGCUGGUUAUGCGGGUUUGCCAAUCCAUUUCCCUCCUGGAGCUGCUGCACAUUUAUAUUGGCAUUGAGUCAAAUCAUCUUUUCCCGAGGUUUUUGCAGCUCACGGAGAGAGUGGUCAUUCUUUUUGGGGUGAUCACCAGUCAAGAGGAAAUCCAAGAGAAAUAUGUGGUGUGUGUUUUAUUCAUCUUUUGGAAUCUACUGGAUAUGGUAAGAUACACAUAUAGCAUGCUGUCAGUCAUAGGAAUAUCUUAUGCUGUCUUGACAUGGCUCAGCCAAACACUGUGGAUGCCAAUUUAUCCUCUGUGUGUUCUUGCCGAAGCGUUUACCAUCUAUCAGUCACUGCCUUAUUUCGAAUCAUUUGGCGCCAACUCUACCAUGCUGCCGUUGGACAUAUCUACCUGUUUCCCUUACGUGCUCAAGCUGUAUCUCCUGGUGCUCUUCAUAGGUAUGUAUUUCACCUACAGCCAUCUUUACACAGAAAGAAAAGAUGUCCUCAGAGUCAUUUCUGCCAAACCGAAGAAAAUGUGAGGCAGCAUCCCUGCCCAUCGCACAAAAGAGAAGAUGGGCUGGUGGGUCAGCCUGCAGCCAACACAACACUGUGUAUGCUAGAGUCAAAGAACAGAGAACUUAACAACAAUCUAUUACAUGGAUUAUUGCAGGCCCUGCACAUUCUGUUCCACAUCUACUGUGCUGUAUGAACAAAUCUUCAACAGGCACAGCACACCUUUGCUACACCAAGGCUGUGGGACUUCACACAGGUUACAUUUAUACUGCGUGAAGUCUGAAUGUUUUCGUGUAAAGUAAAUGAGAAAUAGAUUCAGUGGAGUAAGUUCAAUAGACUCGAGAAACCAACUGAUGAACUUCUGUAAUAACAACUAGCAGAUUUAUAGGACAGGAAUGCUGUCAAGUAUCCUCUUUAAUUCUAGGAUAACAUACUCUAUUGACAAAUGCCCCCACCCUUAGAACCAAUCACCUUGAACAUUACAUCUACUUAGAUACUCUGCAGACAAAUGCCCCUGCCCUUGGAGCCAAUCACCUUGAACAUUACAUAUAUUUAGAUGCCUAUCAAACAUCUUCUGUGACUUAGCUCAGGCCACUGCUAUAUCACAAAGUGCAAUCCCCUCCCAUAGGACUUGGUUGCAAAACUAUAGAAAUCUAUGUUUUACAGUUCUGGAGGCUUGGAUGUCCAAAAGCAAGAUGCUAGCCAAUUCAGUAAGGUUAGUUAGGGUAGAUGUGAACUGUAGAUCUGAUCAGCUACUCUAGCAGGAACACUGUUAUUCUGAGCUGUAGUUAAUAGAGAUAGGAAGACAGUUGGACUUCUUAGAACUUGACAGAAUGGCCCCUUGAGCUCUUUGGAGACACACACACACACACACACACACACACACACACACACACACACGUGUGUGUGUGUGUGUGUGUGUGUAUAUAUAUAUGUGUGUGUGUAUGUAUAUGUAUAUGUGUAUAUGUAUAUACAUACACACACACACACAUAUAUGUACACAUAUAUAUUAUUUUCUAAGACCAGGGAAGGGUGAAUCAAAGGUGCCCCUAAGUCACAUAGGGGCAACUUAUCAGCCCUAAUUUGUAUGAUGAUGAGUUCUCUAAGAAAACAAGGCUUCCACUCCAGAUGUCCUUUCUUCCUCAGCUCUGACCACAAUCACUUUUAUCAAACCCUAAAAGAUGAUAUCAGCAUCUUAAAACUCUUCCAUCUUCUACUUAACUUCAAAGCUGCUUCUCCACAUUUACGUUCUGAGUACAGUGGUGCCUCACCUCUUGCUAUCCACUGCUCUCUUAGUUUGGAUUGCUGCAACAAAGUACUAUUAAAUUGAGUGAUUCUGUAAAUCAAAAAGCUCAAUACCAAGAUAGCAAGUGACAGUUGAUUCUUGAGUGUGAGAUACAGAGGGAUACCUCCUUGCUGUGUGCCCACAUGGUAGAGAAAGAAAGCACUUCUCCCAAGUCCCUUCUUGUGAACUCACUAAUUUUCAGAAAAGCUCCCUCUGCACCCCUACUUACUUCCCAAAGCCCACCUCCAAAUACUUCCAUUCCAAAGGAAGUUAACAUCUAGUAAUUCAUCAUAAGAUGUUUUCUGCAGCCCCUUGGUUACCAUGGAGUUAUUACAUUAUUACUGUAACAUGAUUUUAGAUAAUUGCACAGAUACCCACAUCUUUGCCAAAUGCAUACUUUUCAAAUCCAAUCUGUGUUUGGAUACUUCCUUAAGGCACAAUGUAGCUUUAACCCUACCCGGGUGCAUCCCCAAAUACUAUUUGUCUUGGCAACUUGUGUUUUCAAGAUCUGACAAGAGAGGACUUGAAAUAAAGACUUCCUUAUGUAGUUCAAAACAUGGUCUAAAAAAGCAGCAGCAGCUUGCUUGUGUAAAAGUGGGGAGAGCGGAGUAUCUUGGUGGAACAAUGUAACUCUUAUAUGGGGGUCAUACAGCUAACCAGGGGCAGGUUAUUAUUUCACUGGUAUACCUUUGAGUUUACUUUUUAGAGUCACUAAUUUGGAAUCCUUAGAGGUCCAAUCAGCAGAAAACCACAUGACUUCCAUCCAUGACUGCUCAAAGCAGAAAGAACUAGUUAAGAGGGCUGAGGAUUACUUUAUUUCCUUCUUUUUGUAAGCUUCUGUUUUCUCGUGAAGGACAGGAGGAAAUACCAGGUUUGAGAAGAAAUUAGGUUGAAAAGCCAUGGGAAAUCUGAAAUCUGAAGUCUAGGCAGAUUCUCCCUUUCCUUGGGCAUCAGCAAAUGUUUAGUUGCUGAUUCAUGAUGUCUCCAGUGCCCACUUCCUCUUCAGGGCUCAUUGUCUCCUGUAUUUCCAAGGUACUCUGGAAUCUAGAGCUCUUUAAUGCAUGCAGACAAACUUGGUUUGCUACACUAGUCCCAAGCUUCCCAGUGCCAAAGGCCUGGUGCUUCUCUUAGCAGAUCUGCACGUUAGAGUGGGAGCCAAGGUGUCUGAUGCAGUAGAAAAGGCUUUGGAUCUUAGGCUCUAGGACCUUAGUUUCAGGUAAAACUCUCCCACUUAUUAAAUAUUUUUGUUCCAUUUUAAAAUAGAAAACAAUGCCCCCUACAGUACUGUUCAAGACUUCAAACAAGCUAAGUCAAAUGAAAAGUCUAGUGUACUCAUGGUCUGGCACCCAACAGCAAAUGCUAGAUGACUUUCAGUUUCUAGAUGGUAGGGAGUAUACAAUAGCACACAGAGGAUGAAAAAAAAAAGCUGCUGUAAAUUGCUACCACCUCUUUCUCGCUUGGCUGAAACUUAUUUCCUUGUAGUCCAACUUGUAAAGAAAUUAUAUAUCUGGAAAAUACAAUUAGUAGUGUUGCUAUGAACUUGCCAGGUACACUUUGGGACAAGAAGAUAAGUGCCCCCUGUUAGCAGUAGAAGUUCUAUGGUGUUUGUGAAGCACCAGGCACUGUCUGUGUGGCAGAUACAAAAAGCACCUGACAUCAGUAUCACGGCUUUUCUUCCUAAUGAUUCCCUGUUUGUACAUUUAUAUGACUGAGCCCCAGUUGAAGUCAUGAUAAUUAGUGAGCAUCAAAGUUAAAAUGCUGCCCGAGUCUCUCAUCAUGGCAGUAGCUGAAAUUGUGAUACUAUCACAAACCGUUAGGCCACGAAUCAUUCUGGUAAAAUGAGCUGUACUUAUAAAAAAAAAAACUGAUCUAUGGAGGAGAUAUUGAUCCUUUUUUGCUUGUCUAGCAUCCUAUCAUCUUUCUCCUGGGGAAACUCAGUUCAGAGAGUUUGCUUGGGGCUGCCUCCUCUGUGACUUAGGCCUGGUCACCGAGUGUAUCCCACCUGCCAAGGACCAGAUACUGUUCAGAGACCCACAUGGUUUCUGGGGUCCUCCCAGUGCUGCUUCUCUCAUGCCUGUGGGGAAAAGAACCUUUCUUUACCUUUGAGGUUGCUGGCAGACACCUUGCCAAGUAGGAGGCACAGUCUCCAGAGGAACAGAUCACAGCAUCAUGGGAUCCAUCAGAUCAACAUUGAUGUGAAUUAAGUCUCCUUUGCGGCGACUGUGAAUCGGAUAACUUUUUCUUGCACUCAUGACAUCCAAGCACAGGAAUUAUAACUAUCGCUGAUGAACCUAACCUGGGUACCAGUCAGUGUCACGCCUCACAAUCUGAAUGUGCCUAGCAGUUCUCUUGUGUUUUAUCAACAGGAAUAAAAUUUGUCUAACUCACUGA